AUGGUUUUGAAAUAUGAAGCAACAUCAGAUCUUUACAAGGCCAAGCUCAAGAACGUGCGACAUUUGUGUCUCACGAUGGACAUCUGGACUGAAACGAUGGCAGAAAAGGGAUACCUCGGCAUUACGGCACAUUACCUGGAAGGAACAGAUUUCAGAUCGAUCAACUUAAGUGUUAAACAGAUGACUACAAACCACACUGCGGAGAACAUAAAAACAGCUGUGCUGGAGACUAUUGCUGAAUGGGAUAUCGAGAACGCUAAAGUGGUAAGUGUAGUGACAGACAACGCAAAUAAUAUGAUUGCUGCGAUGAGAAAAGCUUUCGACCACCGUCGGUUGCCAUGUUUUGCCCAUACUCUUAACCUCGUGACCCAAACAGCAACAUCGCUUGACGACAUUAACGAUGUUAUUAUCAAGAUUCGAAGCAUUGUGAAGUACUUUAAGAAUAGUGUCAACGCAUCUGAUAAGCUUCGAAAGGUUCAAACUGCUAGUGGUGUAGCGGAGGGGAACGUUUUGAUGUUGCAAAAGGAUGUGCCAACCCGUUGGAAUUCAAAGUUCUAUAUGAUCGAUAGGUUCAUGGAUAUGCGUAAAAUUGUAGCAGAUAUAUUAAUGGACGAUUCCAAUGGGCCACCUAUGCUCACAUCGACGGAGCUUGAGCUCUCGAAACAGCUUCUGCAGCUACUAAAGCCAUUCGAGUUUGUCACACGAGAUAUCAGUGGCCAGAAGUAUGUUACACUGUCAAAAAAUUAUUCCGAUUGUGCAAUGCCUCCGAUCUAA